AUGUCUAAUAUGGAAAUUGUAAACUCAAUAUCAGACGCAAUGAACAAAUCGUUUAAUGAAAUUAAUAAUAAUUUACAAACAACCGAGAAUAAAAGUAACUAUAUUAGAUCAAAAGUAUCAACUCAAUCAACCCAAUUUAAAUCAUUACUUUCGUGUGGUGGCCCAAGAUUGCAAGAACUUCGAUAUGAUAUUGACGUUAAUUAUGCAAUUGGACUGUUAAAAAAAGAAGAUGAAAAUGUUAAUGUGUAUAGUCAUUUACAAAACAUUUUAAAUAAGAUAUUAUCAGAGAAACCUUCAAAUCCACUAGAAAACUUUGAAAAAUAUAGCAUAAUGUUAAAACGUACAUAUAUUCAUAAUGAUGCUAAUUUUGAACGCGUUUUUGUGGAUAACAUAAAUCGGAAUUAUUGUUUUAAAAGUUUACAAAUGUAUAAGUGUGCUUCAAAAAAACAAUUUGAACAACAAAAACAAUAUAAUAAAAACAAAAGACAUAUUAGAAAAUCAGAAAUUGAACAACGCGAAGAAAAGAAUACUAUGAAUAAUGUUAAUUCUAUUGUGCAAGUCCAAAAUCUUUGUGAAGUAAAUUAUAUGUUCAAUAAAGCUGGUUUUGGUCUUCCAAUGGAUGAAGCUACGUUGAUAUAUCUAACUAUGAAUGAAAUGGCUCAGUUAAAUAAAUUUGAAAGCAUUAGAUUUUGGGGAAAAAUAUUUGGGAUAAAAAAAAUAUAUUAUGUAAUUGAAUGCAAAUGGUCAAACGCAGAAUUAGAGCGUAAAUUAUUGACUGUAAAGAAUGUAAGCCAUAACUCAAAAUCAUCAAAACAAAUAGUUAAUGAUGUCACUCAUGAUAAUUUGUUUCAACAAGAAACAAAAUCAAUAGAUACAGAAAAUUCCCAAGAGACAGUAAAUGAAUGUCAAUCUAUUAUAUCAUCUCUUGAUGAUGAAAUGGCUGAAAAUUCAAUUGAUCAAUACGAUUCAUGGAUUUCUUUAAAUGACAGUGAUAGUUGCAAAACAACUCUGAAAUCUUCGACAAAAACCACGUUAGAACCAGAAAUGAUCGGAGUCGGCGCCAACAAAAAUGUAUAUUUUGUUACAAAUAAAUUAAAUACCAAAUGGAUUGAAUUAGAAUCGGUUGAACCACAUCAUAUAGUUGAAGCGAAAAAAAUAAAACGAUAUUUCACGGGAAAAUUAAAAAAUCCGAUAAAUAGUUUUCCAAAGUUCAAUGGCUUAGAAAAUGAAUAUCUUAGAGCUCAAAUUGCGCGAAUAUCAUCGAGCACUCAAAUAUCUCCACGUGGAUAUUAUAUUAUAGAUGAAAAAGAUAAAUCUUUGAGUGGAAUAUCAGAUAAAAAAUCUUCAAUUGCAUUAAAUUCUAGCAUAAAAAAAAAUGAUGAUCUUGUUCGCAACGAAAAUUUCAAACCCAUAUCUAAUAAUAAUUUAACUAAUUUAAGUUAUUGGGUGCAUAAGAAUCCUCAUAUUGACAUCAAUGGAGUAACUAAUAAAUUAGGUUUUUCUACGUUGUCUGAUUUAAAUAAAAACGAAGACGAUUUUGAAGAACUUGAAGAAGAGGAAAAAAUUAGUUUUAAUGAAAAUAUAAUAAAUUCUAAGGAUGAUUUAUUUGGAAACGUAGGAAAUGAUAUCUCUGUUGACAAUACAUCUGCAUGGAAAGGUGUACUUUGCUCUCCGUUGAAUUCUCGUUACUCUUAUACAAUAAUGAAAUCUCACAUAUGGCCUGGAGCUUUUGCAGUUGCUUAUGAUCUUCAAACUGAUUAUAUGUAUAUUGGAUGGGGUCAAAAGCAGGAUUCUACUAAGUUUUAUUCAAUUUUUAUGAAAGAAACUAAAUUGGAAAAUGUAACUAUAGACAGUAAUUCUACGGUAGAGUGUCAAGAAAUCACUAAGAUUCAGAAAUCAGAAAAUGAAAAACAUAGUUUACGUAAAAAUAAAAACAAAAAUAUUUUUCCACGAAAAUAUAACCUUAAAGCAUACAAAGGAGGCGAAAAAGUUAUUACAUAUUAUACUUACGAGUAA